GCCUUCUGGUAAAUAUUUUACUUUUAGCAAAAUUAUAUGUCAUCACUCAUCAAUCACAAUUCUAAUUUUUUGUAUUAAUUACUUAGUUUUGGUUUGACAAAUAUUUAAUCGCUUUAAAAAGGAAGUUAUGGAGUGGUUGUUUGGACACCGAAUGACGCCGGAGGAGAUGCUGCGUAAAAACCAACGCGCUUUGAACAAAGCCAUGCGCGACCUUGAUAGAGAACGUAUGAAGAUGGAACAGCAAGAGAAGAAAGUGAUUGCUGAUAUAAAAAAACUAGCUAAGGAAGGCCAAAUGGAUGCUGUUAAGAUAAUGGCAAAAGAUCUUGUCCGCACUCGGCGCUAUGUUCGCAAAUUUAUGAUAAUGAAAGCAAAUAUCCAGGCUGUUUCUCUUAAGAUACAGACACUAAAGUCUCAGAGUAGUAUGGCUCAAGCAAUGCGGGGUGUCACCCGGGCCAUGGCAACAAUGAACAGACAACUAAAUGUGCCUCAAAUACAGAGAAUUCUUCAGGAGUUUGAGAAGCAGUCUGAGAUAAUGGAUAUGAAGGAGGAGAUGAUGAAUGACUCCAUAGAUGAGGCCAUGGAGGGUGACGAUGAUGAAGAGGAAAGCGAUGCUGUAGUGUCGCAGAUCCUGGACGAACUCGGGCUCCAGCUCAACGACCAGCUUUCUGGACUUCCGCAGGCGACCGGCUCCCUCGCCGUCACCGCGAAAACGCCGGCGAGCCCGACGGCGGCGGCGGCGGCGGGCGGCGGUCCGGCGGGCGGAGCUCUGAGCGACGCCGACGCCGAGCUUCAGGCGCGUCUCGACAACCUUCGCCGCGAGUGACGUCAUUCGGCUCGUCGUCUUCUACGUGAGAAGAAACUUCAUUUUAACACGGCCCCUCUGCUCUGCUUUACAUUCUUAAUAAAUAUUAUUCGAUCCAAAAUAAAAACCAUUCGGCUGGCCGACACGACCGACACUGUCAGUGUAGCCUUUAAUAAUGCAAAAGUUGUACUAACCUUUUAUUUAUGACAGAAGAGAAAAGGGAGGAAAGGUUCUCUCCAAGUACUUAGCCCUUUUGGCAGAACCUUCGGUGAUGCGUCAAUUCACUUCGGAAGAAGUCGUCAGGCCUCCGGCUCCGCACCCGCCAGAGAACAUCGACGCUCGUCAUCGCGUCUUACACUUUGUUAAGUUUGUAAAUAUAUUAUAUAUACUAAGUUA